CCCCAGGAGUCGAUCCCGAUCAUCUAUUCCCCGAAUUCCGGUUCCUUUAGCAGGGCCUCCCAAUUCCCAGUUAUUACAACCUACCGACCGAGGUCCAGAAGAAGACGAGGAGAUAAGAAGCGAUGGCUCAGCGAGAGGAGAAGGAGAUGGAGCUGCAUGCCCACGAAAGCCUCGCCCUCUGCAUCAACAACUGCGGGUUCCCUGGCGACCCCGCCACUAACAACAUGUGCCAGACAUGCUUCCAGGCCUCCCCCGCCGCUGCGUCCUCCUCCCUUCCCCGGUCCUGCUCCCGCAGAUCCGCCCCUUCGAUCCGGUCGCCGGACCCAGCUGAUCGAGCGGAAGAGCAAGGGGCCCCCACGGCGGCUUUGGCUUCGCCGGCGCCGGCGCCGGCGAGGAAGGUUAACCGCUGCUUGUCUUGCCGGAAGCGGGUGGGGUUCACGGGGUUCCGGUGCCGCUGCGGGGAGCUGUUCUGCGGGGAGCACCGCUACUCCGACCGCCACGACUGCGGCUACGAUUACAAGGCCGCCGCCCGGGCGGCCAUCGCUCGAGCCAAUCCGAUCGUCCGAGCCGCCAAGAUCGUCAGGGUGUGAAGCCGCCUUUAAAGAAGCGUGUGUAUUCUUUUAUUAUUAUUAUUAUUAUUAUUAUUAUUAUUAUUAUUAUU